UUAUGUUAUAGUCAAGCUAGCCAUAUGUACACUGUAAGACAAGGCAAGUUCUAGGCCCUUACCUAUUAUGUGAAGGAAGACAAUGACCCAUCAAAUAUUAGCAUUGAAUGCCAUGUAUACCUAUAUCUAUAUGUGUAUUUGACUUCAUGUGUCCCAACUCUGAUAUAUAGACCAUAUCAUAUCAUAUUCCAAGAAGCUCACUGUAUAUCCCAUUAUAGAAAUAAGACUUUAGAGUGAUAUAUAAAAUUUUCAACAUGCUUGGGUCUUGUGUUAAGAAGUUGCAAAAGAGUGUCUCACUACUCUUUGUUCACUCCAACGAAGAUCAACUGGAAGCUGCAGCAACAUUGGUGCCAGAAGAUGUUAUGGAGGGACAUUUUGCUGUUCUUGCCAUCAAGGGUGAAGAAACAAGAAGGUUUGUUGUUAAGUUGGACUACUUGGCUGAUCCUAUGUUCAUGGAACUACUGAACCAGGCUCGAGAGGAGUAUGGUUUCAAGCAAAAGGGAGCACUUGCAGUCCCUUGCAGGCCUCAAGAGUUACAAAACGUUCUUGAUGGUCCAAGAGCCAAAGCUGAAAGGUCUUUUGUGGAUGGGAGCGACAUGUUUCACCUUCCAAAUGUAUUAAGGCCCCUCAGCAGAAGCAAGUUUCUUCAUGGCAUUAUGAGCUUUAUAAACAUCAGACUUUAUAUUAAAAAGAUCAUAUAUUUGUCAAAAAAAUAAUAAACAAAACAAAUGAAGAACGUUCCUUCAAGGACGAUUCGUAAUAUAUGUUUUUGUUUAUUGUAGAGGGUAUAAUAAUGAAGAGAGAAAAAAAUGGAAGAAGAGUCGUGUAUGCAAUGGUUGUACGUAUGACAUUAUGAAAUAAACUCCCUUGUCCAAUUAAUAUGUA